CUCUAGCAGUGUCUGGGUAGGCCUCGCCAUUGCUUGGUGUCUCCAUGGCGACCCCUGCGGCAACGGCAUGGCAGCCGAGGAGAAAGAAGCAACUGCUGCGGAAUCUGCAAUAGCAGACAUUCAGAAGAAAAUCACAGAUGCUUUUGAGGUUUUUGACCAUGAGUGCAACAAAACUGUGGAUGUCAGGGAGAUUGGCACAAUCAUUAGGUCAUUAGGCUGUUGCCCAAGUGAGGGGGAACUGCAUGAUUUGCUUGCAGAGGUAGAAGAAGAAGAACCAACUGGGUUUAUUCGUUUGGAAAAAUUUCUUCCAAUGAUGACUAGAGUAUUAAUGGAAAGAAGAUACCGGCCAAUUCCAGAAGAUAUUCUUUUACGUGCAUUUGAGGUUUUAGAUCAGAAUAAAUGUGGACAUCUUACUAAAGAUGAGUUGGUGAAGUAUAUGACUGAAGAAGAGAUUUUCAACAAAAAAUGCCUUUACAAGCACUGCUUCAUGAUACUGAAUGCCAAGAAGCCAGGUGAGCCAUUCACACAGGAAGAAAUGGAGGAAAUGCUCUCUGCUGCUGUAGACCCAGAAACUAAUACUGUUCGCUAUAAAGACUACAUUUCAAUGAUGGUUGUGGAUGAAAAUUAAUGCCUCUGUGUAAUUCAUUGGUCUUGAACUUUCUGUUUGAUAUCUGUCCAUUAACACCAUGGGACUGCAGCAGAGGCUUAACACUGAAUUUAUUUUCUCUGGAAAUACUGCCCUUUUUAUUUAGUAAAAUACAACACUUCCAAAUUAUAGUUUUAAAAUGUCAGUCAGUUUGGAUACAUUUUACAAAACAAAUACAAAAUAAACAAAUAAAAACCAUUUUGGGCUUUUAA